AUGCGUGGACUUUCUGGUUAUCAUAUUAUGAUAGUCUCGAAGUACUUCGACAACAUUAAAGACUUUGUUAACUUGAAGUUGGUAUGUAAGAAGUUUGGUGGCAAUAUGGAAAAGUUUCACUUCAACCCAACAUCAUUGAAUUCCAAAACACUUGGAUACUUCCCAAACAUCGAGACACUUCACUUGUGGGAUGAAGAAGAUGAGAACUUUGGCAAUGGAUUUAUGAUCAAAAGAAGAGAAAAUGAAGAUAGUGAAAAUGAAGUUGUUUUAAAGAAAGAAUUCUUUCGAAUCAUUGUGUGGUUCAAUGUUGACUUUGAAACUGUUGACAGAAACAAUAGUCGAAACAUCGAGUUUAAAAAUGUCACUUACACUCAAAAUGAUAGAAAAAAAUUUGGUAAUAAUAUUCCACCAAUUGUAAGAUCUAUUGGUGAAAAAUGUUUCCGUUGGUGCGGUAGUUUGAGCAGUGUCAACAUACCAUCGAGUGUAAGAUCAAUUGGUGAUUGGUGUUUCAAUGAAUGCAUUAGUCUAACCAGUGUUACAAUAUCAUCAAGUGUAACAUUAAUUAGUGAAAAAUGUUUCAGUGAAUGCAUUAGUCUUAUAAGCAUU